AUGAAAAUGGGAAACACCGCCAAGGUGAGAGAAUUCCUCUUGUUGGGAUUCUCAGAGGUCCGGGAGCUGCAGCUGGUCCAUGCUGCGCUGUUCCUCCUGGUCUACCUGGCGGCCUUGACGGGGAAUCUUCUCAUUGUCACUGUCACCGCCCUCGACUGGUGCUUCCACACCCCUAUGUACUUCUUCUUCAGGAACCUAUCCAUCUUCGACCUCUGCCUCAUCUCCGGCAUCGUCCCCAAAUCCAUCCACAACUCUCUGACAGACCACAGAGAAAUCUCUUUCCCGGAUUACAUCUCUCAAGUCUUCUUAGUUGUCACCCCUGGGUGUGUCGAAGUGGUCCAGCUCACGGAGAUGUCCUAUGACCGUUACGCUGCCAUCUGCCUCCCCCUGCGCUACGAGGUCAUCAUGGACCGAGGUGCCUGUGGGAAGAUGACCGCUGCUUCAUGGCUAAGUGGGGGCCUGUUCAGGGUGAUGUACACAGCCGGGACAUUAACACUGAGCUUCUGUGGCUCUAACCUGAUCCAGCAAUUUUUCUGCGACAUCCCUUCCUUACUGAAGAUCUCCUGUUCCGAAACGCAUGUUGUCAUCGAUGUCACCGUGGCCACUGCAUUUAUCUUGGCUUUCAUAUUCUGCAUUUUCAUCAUCAUCUCGUACGUGCACAUCUUCCUGGCCGUGCUGAGGAUGCCGGCCACCGAGGGUUGGGCCAAAGCCUUCUCCACCUGCAUGCCUCACCUCAUCGUUGUCACCAUCUUCCUCUCGACUGGAGCCAUUGUCUACCUCAAACCUGUGUCAGACUCCCCCUCGACCCUGGACCUGCUUAUGUCCGUAUUAUACACUGUGGUGACCCCCGGCCUUAACCCCCUCAUCUACAGCCUGAGGAACCGAGACAUGAAGGCGGCCCUAGGGAGGGUCCUGCGGGGGCACCCAUUCCUCCAGAAUAAAGAUCCCCCCUUUUUGACCUGA